AUGGAGGAGCGCGGCCCGCCGGACGUGCCGCUGAUCGUGUCGCCGCCGUGCGCCGGCGCCGGCGGCGCGGCGCUCACCACCUCGCGGCGCGCCGCCUCCGCCCGCGGCUCUCGCGAUGACCCGCCGCCCUCCACGUGGCGCUCCUCGGUGCGUGUGCGUGACACCGGUUUCCGUGGCUCACGCAAGAGUGUCGUUCGCCUCGAACCGCCCUGUAAUGGCCUCAACGGGUUGCCUGCCAUCGGCAAGGAGGUACUGUCUCUGGGCGCGACGGGUGGCCACAAGGGAACCACGCAGCCUUCUCACCCCUGCACUAUCCUCCACCAUUCUCCUUACAAGGCCGCUUGGGAUUGGUUGAUCCUAAUAUUGGUGAUCUACACGGCGAUAUUUACUCCGUACGUGGCCGCCUUCCAACUAAAUGAGCCCGACUUUGAUAAACGUUCCCGCAGCUUCGGCGAAGAUCCCAUAGUUGUCAUCGACAUGAUAGUGGACGUCACUUUCAUAAUAGACAUCCUAAUAAACUUUCGCACCACCUACGUUAACGUGGCGGAUGAAGUGGAGUCGGACCCUGCCAAGAUCGCCAUGCACUACCUGCGAGGCUGGUUCCUCAUUGACCUCGUUGCCGCCAUCCCGUUUGACCUCCUACUCUUCGGCACCGACACCGACGAAACCACGACUCUCAUCGGUCUGCUGAAGACGGCGCGACUGCUGCGGCUCGUGCGCGUCGCUCGCAAAAUUGACAGAUACUCCGAAUAUGGCACCGCCGUACUGCUUCUCCUUAUGGCCACAUUUGUCCUUAUUGCUCAUUGGCUGGCCUGCUUAUGGUAUGCUAUUGGCAGUUGGGAACGCCCUCAGCUCCACGCUCCAAUAGGAUGGCUGGAUGCUCUGGCUAAUGAUGUCCAAGCUUCUUAUGACAACUCCACUGGUCCAUCCAUGAGAUCUAGAUAUAUUACCGCUUUAUAUUUUACGUGCACGUCGCUGACAAGCGUCGGUUUUGGGAAUGUUGCGCCGAACACAGAUAUGGAGAAAGGAUUCACGAUAUUUGUUAUGCUGGUUGGCUCACUAAUGUACGCCAGUAUCUUCGGUAAUGUAUCGGCUAUUAUACAAAGGUUAUAUUCGGGAACGGCUCGUUAUCAUACACAGAUAUUAAGAGUACGAGAAUUUAUUCGUUUUCAUCAGAUAACGAACCCAUUAAGACAAAGACUGGAGGAAUAUUUCCAACACGCUUGGAGCUACACGAACGGUAUCGAUACGUCCAGCUUACUCAAAGGUUUCCCGGAGUGCCUCCAAGCAGAUAUCUGUCUUCAUCUCAAUAGGAAUUUGCUCGCGAAUUGCUCAGCUUUUGAUGGUGCUAGUCCAGGUUGCCUAAGAGCCCUGUCUUUAAGGUUUAAAACGACACAUGCGCCCCCUGGCGAGACUUUGGUGCAUCGUGGAGAUGUUCUCACCUCUCUUUACUUUAUAUCAAGAGGGUCUAUAGAAAUUCUGAAGGAUGAUAUUGUUAUGGCUAUAUUAGGUAAGGAUGACAUUUUCGGCGAGAACCCGUGCAUAUACGGCACAGUGGGGCGCAGCAACUGCCGCGUGCGCGCGCUCACCUACUGCGACCUGCACCGCGUGCACCGAGACGACCUGCUCGACGUGCUCGACUUCUACCCAGAGUUCCGCUCCUCCUUCGUCAACAAUCUCGAAAUAACAUACAAUAUGAGAGAUGAAGAACUGGGUGGUAUCGAGCCAAAGCGUCGCAUGCGAUAUGAGAACCCGUGCGAUGCACGCUUGCUUCGGGAGGCAUACGCACGAACUACGCGAAGGCCGCAUACUGAAACGUUCGCGGAAAAAGUUGACUCCCAAUGCAGUGAUGACGACACGGAGUCCCCGGCCAGUCGCGGCAUCUUGGAGUUCUCUGCGGACAAGGCCGGCCAGGACGUCACCCCGCUCAACUUCAACUUCAGUAAACAGCGCUCAACCACUCUCAACUCUAUCACCGGUAAGUCGACGAGCAUACCAAUGGAAUGUACCUUUAUUUCUUUAUUAUUAUGAACGUACACCACAGACGCCCGUGCGCAAAGUUCAAUAUAAAGUCACAGAGAUCACGGGUGGCAUGUUGUGGUAGACCCUCCUCUAUUCAUAGACUAGAUGACCUACACAUAGUAAAUGGAUGACCGAUAUGCAUCUCCCUUCGCCAUGUUUAAGAAUCUUCUCUAUACUUACUGCAAUACCUUAACGUCCGUUUUUGAAAAUAAAAUAUAUAUUUAUUUCUUCGUUAAGGGAUUUGAUUUCUAUCUUUAAAUAUUUUAAUAAUUUAAUUUUAAUCAUUAAUUUUUAUAUUUUGCAAAAAGUUUCAUGUUUUGUCGUACCUGUAUCAAAAUACGUGCACAGUAUCUCGAAUUUAUUUUCAACUUUUUGCA